AGCCCUCGCGUCUUCCGGCCCUCGCGGCGCCCGCCGUCAGUGCGCAGGCGCGAACAUGGCGCAGGGGCAGCGCAAGUUCCAGGCGCAGAAACCGGCCAAGAGCAAAGCGAAGGCGGCGGCGGCCGAGCGGAGUCGCGGCCCCAGGAAAGGCGGUCGGCUCAUCGCCCCGAAGAAGACGCGGGUCGUGGAGCAGCAGAAGCUCAAGAAGGACCUGGAGGUGGGGAUCCGGAAAAAAAUCGAACACGACGUGAUGAUGAAAGCCAGUAGCAAGUUGCCCAAGAAGCUGACGCUGCUCAGGCCGCCCCCCAAGAAGAAGGGGGGCCCCGCCGCCAAGGCCCCCUCCUGAGGAUGCCACCCAGAUUCCACAGAGAGGCCCGUCCCUGGGCUGGGUCAUGGAGACACACGGUCUCCUCCGCUAUGUGACUUUAUUUUUGUGGACACUCCCACCCCCACGCUCCCCAAUAAAACAGAUCUAACAAG